GCGGAGCGGCGGGGGAGCGCGGAUCGGGCCGCGCCUAGGCUGCGCGGGGCCCUGCGCGGGGCGCGCAAGCGAGGCGGGCGCGCAAGGCGGCACCAUGGCCGCGGUGCAGGCGUCCCGCCGGCAGUGGUGCUAUUUGUGCGACCUGCCCAAGAUGCCGUGGGCCAUGAUCUGGGAUUUCAGCGAGGCCGUGUGCCGGGGCUGCGUGAACUUCGAAGGGGCCGAUCGCAUCGAGUUCCUCAUCGAGACGGCGCGGCAGCUGAAGCGCAGCCACGCCAUGCAGGACGCCCGCUCGCCGGGGCCCCAGGCCGUCAAGCAUGCCAAGGACGGAGGGCCCCUGGACCGGGCCGGGCUGGAGCGCUACGAGCGGGCGGGGCCUGGCGACUACACCCAGCCCCGGUUGCCCAACGGCCUGGCCCGGGCGGAGGACGGGGGGCCCGAAGGCAGCCGGCAGAGCCCCACCGCCCGGCGGGCGCUGAUGGGCCCCGUGCCGCCCAGCCUGGGACUGAUGGGGGCGCCGCAGGGCUUGCUGGCCGCCGUGUCGGGGCUGGGGGCCCGGGGCCCCAGCCUGGGCUUGGCGGCCGCCUCGCCCCUCCUGGGGGAGCUGGGCAAGGCGCGGGGCCCCUACGGCGGCGAGUACGAGAAGGAGAAGCAGCGCAACGCGGAGUGCCUGGCCGAGCUGAGCGAGGCCUUGCGGGGCCGGGCGGAGGAGUGGCACAGCAAGCCCAAGGCGGUGCGGGAGCAGCUGCUGGCCCUCUCGGCCUGCGCCCCCUUCAACGUGCGCUUCAAGAAGGACCACGCGCUGGUGGGGCGCAUCUUCGCCUUCGACGCCGCCCCCCGGCCCGGCUACGAGUUCGAGCUGAAGCUCUUCGUCGAGUACCCAUGCGGCUCGGGCAGCGUCUACGCCGGCGUCCUCGCCUUGGCCAAGCAGAUGUUCCACGACUGCCUCAAGGACCCCGGCAAGGUGAUCUCCUCCGGCUACAAGUACCUGGAGUACGAGAAGCGGCAUGGCACCGGGGACUGGCGCCUGCUGGGGGAGCUCUUCACUGAGGGCGUCCGGUUCUUCCGGGACCCCCCGGCCCCCGAGGCCCUGCCCCAGCAGUUCCUAGACAGCAGCUGUGCCAUGCUGCCCAGCGCCCUGGUGCGGGCCAUGCCGCCCCGGGCCGUCAUGCGGCGCCGCAAGGCCUCCCCGGAGCCGGAGGGCGAGGGGGGCGCGGUGGGGAAGCUGACGGGUGAGGAGCAGCAGCAGAGGCAGAACUGGCUUCCCCAAGGGUCAGCUGGGAUCUACUCGCCAGGCAUGGCCCACCUUGCCGCGCCGGCCGGCCAGGCCCCCGGGCCCGAGGGCGCCCUGCGCAACGACCCCUCGCCCAUCACCGCGCUGAAGAACGUCGCCGACGCCCUGGGAGCUGGGCAGUCGCCGAAGGACGCCAACCCCGUCCACUCCACCACGGCCCGGCAAAACAGCGCCAGCCCUGCCUCGCCCGCCGCCUCGGCCCAGCACCGGCUGGUCCCGCGCAACAGCGAGCCCGGGCAGGCGUCUUCCUCGUCCUCCUCUUCCUCCGGCGCCCACUCGGCCGGCGGCACCGACUCGGCCGGCGCCCAGAGCACCCCCGACUCCUCGGGCGGCCCCAGCAGUGCCCCCCUGUGCUGCACCAUCUGCCACGAGCGGCUGGAAGACACCCACUUCGUGCAGUGCCCGUCGGUGCCCAGCCACAAGUUCUGCUUCCCUUGUUCCCGCGAUUUCAUCAAAGCCCAGGGGGCGGCCGGCGAAGUCUAUUGCCCCAGCGGGGAAAAGUGCCCCCUGGCCGGCUCCAACGUGCCCUGGGCCUUCAUGCAGGGAGAAAUCGCCACCAUCUUGGCCGGAGACGUCAGAGUCAAAAAGGAGCGGGAUCCGUGAACCGAGAGCUGGGAGGGGGAUCGUGGGGGUGUCCUGUCCCCCCCACCUGUAAUCUGGGGGGGUCCCCCUUGCCCGUGAUCUGGGGGUCCCCCGGCAGCAAGAGGCCUCCGGAGUAACUGGCGCUACAAUUAACUUAUUGUCCUUUUUAACCUUUCCCAGUCGGGGGCCGUGUAUAUAAUCUAUUUUUUAAUAUUUCCAUAGCAAUCUUAUAUCUGAGGUCAUAUCUACAUAACCGACCGGGGGGGGUGGUAUCACGUGUGUGCUGGGGGAGAUGGGAGGGUUUGCUACAUAGCAGCAUAAGGGGGAUGGGGCGGGAGUGGUAAGGGACGGAGCGAGGCCCAGACCCUCUUUUGGGGCCACCCUGGAGAUGGAAUCUCUCUGUUCCGCCCCAGAGGGGACGCAAGUGGGGCAGGGACUCCCUGCCUGUCUGCUCCCGUGUCUCAGGCUGGCAGGCCGUCACCCCUGGGGGGGGGGUGCUGUGUGUCAAUCUCCGUGGCCUACGGGGGCUGCGGCUCCUGCCGGUCAUGGGAAGCAGCUGAGAACCAGCAAACUUGCUCCAGGCAGACUGGGGAGAGGGGCGGGGAGAGGGAUGUGAGCUUUGCCUGUCAUGGACCUGGGUCUGGAUCGGAGCUGGCACCCCCUAGAGGGGAAGGGCCCCAUAUCCCAUCCCCUGCGUGCUCUGCCAGGGGGGCAGUCAGGGCCUUGGGGCCAGGCUUUGGGCACCUUGUUUAGCAGCUCAGUUCCUGGCAUUCUGGGUUCCAAGGUUUGGGGAACUCUUCCCCCCACCCCCAGGCCCUCUUGUGGGUUCCCCUGCAGAGAGCAGCACAAGGACCCUGGGAGUAGAAAGCCAGCGGGGAAGGGUGACCAGCUGUACCAGUCUGCUCACUCCCGACCCGCAGCCCCCUGCUAGCCCAGCCCUGGGCUCCCCCCAACCCAGCUGGUGCCCCUCACGCCCAACCCGGAGCCCCUGCCAGCCCAGUCCUGGGUUCCCCCCAGCUCUGCCAGUGCCCCUCACUCCCGACCCGCAGCCCCCUGCUAGGCCAGCCCUGGGCUCCCCCACUGGCUCGGCUGAUGCCCCUCGAGCCCGACUGGGAGCCAUGAACAGAGGUUGCUUGGCUGCAGGGUGUGGAUGGGGGAGUGAACGAGACCCACCAGCCUAAUGUCACAUGAGCCCUCAGUAGCGCGCAGAGUUACAGCUGAGCCCGCAGCGAGAACUAGCUCCUAUCCCCACCCCAGCCCCCGAUACUCAGGUGCCAGUGCACAACCAGUCCCCACUAAUUCUUUUGAGCGAGGGGUUGUGAGUCAGGACUCCUGGGUUCAAAAAGCUGGGAAGACACUGCUCUGGAGAGACUGGGGGUUCCUGUUGUUUGAACAGGGGAACCCCAGCUUCCUUGGCCAGAGGAACCGGGUUGAGGGGAGAUGGGGUUGUUUUUUAGUAGGGCCUACCAUUAUUGUUGUUGCUGAUUGUAGGAUCCAGGCUGUUUGGGGGGAGGGGGCUGGCAGCCAGGACUCCUGGGUUCUAUCCCCAGCUUGGGGAGGGGAGUGGGGACUAGUGAUUAGAGCAGGGGGCUGGGAGCCAGGAUGCUUGGGCUCUAUCCCUGGGGAGAGGAAUGGGGUCUAGUGGUUAGAGCAGGGGGCUGGGAGCCAGGACACCGGGGUACUAUCCAAGGCUUUGCUACGAGUUUGCCGUGCAGCUGUGGGCUAGACGCUUCACCGGUCUGUGCCUCAGGUUCCUUCUGUAAAGUGGGGAGGCUGGCCCUGUAACUGGUCAGCCAGCCUAGGGCUGGGAUGUUGCCCUUUCAUCAGUGCUCCUCUUUCAGAGCCCCCCCCAGGGGCACCCCGAAUCCCCGUGACCACAAAGAUCCUUGUGCAGUCCUACAAUAACAAACUGGCAUGCCGUGGUUUCAAGGACAAAAGUCAUAAGCAGUGGGGAGAAGGAAGAGGAGCAGUUCCGUGGGUGACCCCUCCCCGCCCUGCCCUGCCCUGCCCGGCCUGCUGCCCCUUUAAGGGGUCCUCGCUGAUUUCCGCCCCAGCCGCUGGAUUUCUCUCAUAGGCGAUGAGCUUUCCUUGGUGGGCAGCGCAGCGACCUGAGACGGGCUGGACACCCCAGGGAGCUGGGAAUAAGGGGGUGGGACAGAAAAGUGCCUAGACCCUGGUUUCCGUGGGGGACCCCCCACGGACCCCGUGCUCCCUGGGGCAGGGGAAU